AUGCCUCACGUCGACAUCUUGUUCAACCAGUUACAGAAGAGAAAAACCGAGCCAGCUCAAGUUAAAACGGCUAUCGAUAAUUUUGAAAAAUGUAUUGUCGAUGUGAGAAAUAAAAUUAAUAACAUAAUAAAUGAAGCCAAAAGUAUUUGCACGGAACCCCAAGGCAACAAAAGGAGGCGACGUAAUAGUAGCAGUCACGAUCACCGAGUUGCCGCAUUAGAAGUAUGCGACAAUAUAAUUUCAAUUCAAAUAUCAUUUGGUAGCCGCAUCCCUUUUUUCCCCGAACACUUCGGAGAAUACUGUGGUAAGUUUCCUGAUGACAAGUUGGAAAUUACCUGCUUGGCUUAUCCCGAAUUAGAAAAAAGUCGUUUAAAGACAGAGUUGUCUGUUAUUUAUGCAUGGAAUGAUUGCCGAGAUUUACAUGGAACUCUGUCUCUUUUGAAAUGUUUGAUACAAAAUAGUUUGUAG